AUGGCGGCGAGCUUCUUGACGGCCUUCGAGGCGCAACUGGCCAAGUACCUGGAGCAGCUGGACGAGCUGCAGGACAAGAACCAGAAGCAGCACCUCUUCCAGCCCACGUUCUGGCUGCAGCAGGCGGACUUCGACGUCGCGCGCGAGGUCUUCGUGGCGGCCACGGCAGCCAUCGGCCACACGGUCACCAAGUUCUCGCUCGUGUACAGCAAGACGCCCAAGAAGGAGGAGGCCGCCAGCAUCUGCGAGGCGCUGGACAAGCCCUGCGAGCAGGUGCUGGCCGCCACCACCGUUGCGCUAUUCUGCGGCGCAGGACCGUCGCUCGCUACGGAAAUCAUCAACGAUGCAAUUCGUUUGAUCAAGAGCGUGCACGACCUCACCAAGGACAUUGAGAAGGGCGACCUGGCCCAGGUGCCGCAGCUCACCGGUCGUGUGUGGGAGUACUCGACGGCUCGUGUGUCCAAGUCGAACUGCGUGGCGUCCAAGCGCAGCAUGCUGCAGUGCAUUACGAUGCUGAACUCGACGGUCGACGAGCUCAAGGAGUUUCUCGCCGAACAGGAGGAAGGAGACAGCCAGGCGCCGGCCCUGGACGAGGUGGAGCAGGACGACGAGUUUGGCUUCGAGUCGAGCUUGACGGAGGAGGAGCGCACCCUGUUCCAGAGCGGUGUGAAGCUGCUGUCCAUGUGCGCGGCCAUCAUGAAGCGCGGCGUGCUGACUAUCAAGAAGCUGACCAUCACGAACGACCAGGACGCGUUCCUCAAGUGGACGGCCAGGCUGGACGUGAGCUACACCGCUGCGCAGGACGCCAUCGUGGACUUUGGCGCGGCGCUGUACCCUCCCAUUGGAACUGAUGAGUUGGCCGAGGCUGUGCGUGAGUUGGAGAAAUCGGCGAUGGCCAUUCUGGCGUGUCUGAAGGAGAUGCCGGAGCUGGACGCGUCCGAGAAGGGCGCCCUCCAGGUCGGCGAGGCUGCCUUCGCCAAGCAGCUCGCCACCGUGAAGAGCCAGAUAGAGGCCUCAGAGUAA